UUGUACCGGAAGUAAACAAAACAACACAUGCUGUAAACAGCAGACAGAAACGGGAACAGACACAUUCACGUUAUUUCAUUGUCAAGUGCAUAACUAGCUGAUUAGACAAUGACAGAUUCAAAUUUUAACGUGUUCAAUGAUCUUGAAUUUGAGUCCGUCGUCCGAGAAUUGGAUUCUCCAGACGUUGAUGGAUGGGAGUUUUUCACUGAAAGUCACGGAGUCAAAAUAUACAGACAAUAUAACCAGACUUCAGGAUUGUACGAGUACAAGGUAUAUGGCACAUUGGAUGACUGCCCAGCAGAUGUGUGUGCUGAAGUAUACCUAGAUCUUGAGUACAGAAAAAUCUGGGACAGCUAUGUAUCUGAAUUGUUUGAAAGAGAAGCUAACGGGAUGAAGGUUAUAUACUGGGACGUUGCAUAUCCAUUUCCAAUGUCACACCGAGAUUAUGUUUAUAAAAGAGAGUACAAGGAGAUGGAUCACAAUGGCCAUAAAGUGUAUGCAGUGAUGGCCAAGAGUGUAGAAUGCUCAGAGAUUCCGGAAAAGUCUGGUAUAAUCAGGGUGGAUGAUUACAAACAAUGCUGCGUUCUAACCACUGAUGGCAAAGUGGGAUCUAAAGCUUUCAUGAGAUACUAUGACAAUCCAAAGGGCAUGAUUCCAACGUGGUUAAUUAAUUGGGGAGCAAAGACUGGUGUUCCAUCUUUCUUGACCAUGAUGCAGAAAGCUUGUCGAGGAUAUCCAGAAUACAAAGCCAAAAAGGUGGCGUCCACCACUUAACACUGCAGGACAAUGACCCAGUUCUGUGAUUUUAAACGCAUUCCACAAUUUUAUUUUUUGUUUUACCUCUUUACUUAUCAUUUAUUUAUAAUUGUACUCAUAUUUAGGAAAUGAUGACCUCAGGUUCUGAUUUGCUCUUUUGCAAUGUGUUGUGAUACUGAUCAUUUAAUGACAUUUUUGUGCAAUGUACUACAUGUGUCUUUUUGUAAUAUGAAAUUCAAGUAAACUUGAAUUGUUUCAAGACAAGAAAA